AUGGAUCCGCAGUGGCAGAACUAUGGAGACCCUUCCAUGGGCCACAACAACCCCGGGUCGUACCCCCCUCAACUGACCCCCAAGUAUGGCGGACAACCACCACAAGCCCAGCCGCCUGCCGGAUACACAUACGAGACAUACCAGCCGCCGACCGCAGCCACAAAGGCGUCAUCUCUCGCUCCCAACUCGAAAUCUGUCUCCAUGGCGUCGUCGUCUCCAGCUGCGACGCCACAUAGCCGAGAUUAUGUCACCACCGACGCCGACACCCCCAUGGAAGAUGCGGACCCCUAUAAUCGGUCCAAGUACCCUACGAGAUUGCCUCACCAUAAUCGACCGUCGUCGCAGUAUAUGCCGAAUGAGGAGUCCUCCGCAGCGCGUCGAUAUUCUCCCAUGAACAUCCUGUCGCCCACGCAGCCCUAUAAUGCCAGUCCAACCAAGUCGCAGAAUUCUUACGCAGCCCCUCCCCCGGGGUCCAGUGGUGCUCGACAGUCGUCUCCGACACGAACAAGCGCAUACUCGUCGCCUCAAACAUAUCAAUCCCCACCAUCUUCACGACCCUCACGGCUUCCUCCUAUCCAGUCCGCGGAUCUAAGUCCAGAGCAAUAUUUUCCGUCAUCGGCUAGCUCCCAAGCCAAUGCCGCAUUUGGACCAGACGCAAAAUCGCCGCGAUCAGGCCAGCAUAACAGUCAGAACCAGCCUUCGAAUCGGGGACCAAUACCGAAGUUUAUGAAGAUAAAGUCCACACAGGAACUGCGACCUAGGCUGAAUGCACAGCCUCCCUAUCGACGGGCAAACCCAGAAGGGGGCUUUAUCAGCCCAUUGCAAGCCUUGACUACUCACCUUCCGGCCACCUACCGGAUAUGCAAUCCCUCGUUCAAAUAUGAAUCCUCCCGCAACCCGAGGCGUGUCUUGACCAAACCGAGCAAAGGGGUCAAGAACGACGGCUACGAUAACGAAGAGAGUGACUACAUCCUAUAUGUGAAUGAUAUCCUCGGUAGCGAUGAAGGGGGCCACAAGAACAGAUACCUUAUCCUGGAUGUUCUGGGACAAGGAACCUUUGGCCAAGUGGUGAAAUGCCAGAAUAUGAAGACCCAGGAGGUCGUGGCAGUCAAAGUGGUCAAAAACAAGACGGCUUACUUCAAUCAAAGCAUGAUGGAGGUUUCUGUACUGGAUCUGCUCAACUCGAAGUAUGACAAGAACGACGACCAUCAUCUUCUUCGAUUAAAGGACACUUUCAUUCAUCGACAACAUCUUUGUCUAGUAUUCGAACUUCUUAGUGUCAACCUCUACGAGCUCAUCAAGCAGAACCAAUUCCGCGGAUUGAGCACGACCCUCGUUCGGGUCUUCGCGCAGCAGCUUUUGAAUGGGUUGAGUCUUUUGAACAAGGCUCGCCUGAUACAUUGCGACCUGAAGCCUGAAAAUAUAUUGCUCAAGAACCUCGAGAGCCCUAUUAUCAAAAUCAUCGACUUCGGGUCCGCAUGCGACGAACGCCAGACCGUAUAUACUUACAUCCAGUCUCGCUUCUACCGCUCUCCAGAGGUUCUGCUUGGGUUACCUUAUUCCUCCGCCAUUGAUAUGUGGUCACUAGGUUGUAUUGUCGUCGAACUCUUUCUCGGCCUGCCUCUCUUCCCUGGCUCCUCUGAAUAUAACCAGAUUGCUCGCAUCACAGAAAUGUUGGGUAUGCCGCCAGCGUGGAUGUUGGAAAUGGGGAAACAAGCGGGUGAAUUUUUCGAGAAAACUCAGGACGAGUUCGGGAGGAAGACCUGGCGGCUGAAGAGUAUGGAGCAGUAUUCUCGUGAGCAUAACACCAAAGAGCAACCGAGCAAGAAAUACUUCCAAGCGAACACAUUGGAAGAGAUCAUCAAAGGUUAUGCAAUGCCAAGGAAAAACAUGAAACAAUCAGAGAUUGAGAGAGAGCUGAACAAUCGCGUCGCAUUCAUUGACUUCGUGCGCGGCCUCCUCCAGAUCAAUCCUCUUGAACGGUGGUCACCACAGCAGGCCAAACUACAUCCGUUCAUAACGCAACAAAAGUUCACCGGGCCGUUUGUGCCGCCUAUGAAUUUGAAAUACGCUAAUCUCAACAAGACCCCUGCGCCUGGAUUACAACAACAGCAACAAGCCGAAGCAGCGUGCAAGCAGAGGGCUGCACAGGCGCAACAAGCAGCACAAGCGGCACAAGCGGCACAGGCGGCACAAGCAGCGCAGGCGCAGUCCGCUGCUCAAUCGGCGUACGCGAUGCAAGUGAGCCAGUACCACCCUCCCUCACACAAUCAACCUCCGCCGGUGUACAAUGGGAUGUAUCCCGGUCAUCAGCAGGGCGCGCCUCCUCCUUAUCCUUCUCAGCCACCAGGGUAUGGCCACCAGAUGGGCAUGUUGCAGGGUCCUAUCCACCAGCCCCAGUAUGGUCCUUCACAAAGCCUUUACGCGCAGGCGACAACAAGGGCCGGUCGUCAACGAGCGUCAACGUUAGACCAGCAACAAGGUGGGAUCCCACCAAGUAUCCAGCGCGUUGCCAGCCAUCUCGACCCCAACCAACCCAUCCGAUUGCAGCCUAGCCCUGCAUAUUAUCCGCCUCCACCAGACAGUUAUGGUGAGCCUGCUUCAAAUUCAAGACGCCGUGGGAGCCGAGCAGGUGCAGGCCAUCGGAACAGGGACUUUAUUCGAACCCUCGAAGAUGGAGCUCUCGGUGAUGGUUUUAUGGGUCAGUGGCAUUAA